GAACUGGCCUUCUCGUUGUAAGGAGUGGAGUCUACAGAGCGAACCUCCUCCCCCAGCUCUGACUUCAGAGGCUUCUACCGUUCCUCAUGUGUAGAGGAAGACUGUGUCGUGUGCGUUGGUUAUGACCAGCGAAGUAACAAAAAUGAUGGACAGCGUGUUGCUCAGUUACUGUGUGGUAGCUGAAAGCUUUAUAGCUUUCCAGCUGCUGUUUUCCUUCAUAAGCCCCAUCAUCUCCUCCAGAUGUUGCAGCACUUACAAGCAGCUCACCGCAGCAAAACAGUGUGAAUGGGACUCCAGGUUUGUCUCCACAGUGCAUGCAUUUAUUGUUGGAUCUUUUUGUCUCUACAUAUUAGCUUACGAUGAUGCAGUGAAGUUGGACCCCAUAUGGGGUGAUCCAUUUCAGGUGAAAAUGAAUGUUGCAAUAACCUGUGGCUACCUCGUUUAUGACUUAUUAUUUUUCGCUCGCUAUUGGAAGGAGAUGAGAGACCCGUAUAUGGUCUGCCACCACUUCGCGGUGCUCUACGCAUACGGAUAUGUGCUGAACCGAGGAGUGCUGCCAUAUUUCGCCAAUUUUCGGUUGAUAUCUGAACUCUCAACACCCUUUGUAAACCAGAGGUGGUUCUUCGAUGCAGUCGGGAUGCCGCGUUCCUCCCGGCCUGUCCUGAUCAAUGCCCUUUCAAUGUCUGUCGUCUUCUUCAUCGUACGAAUUGCCGUCAUUCCCAGCUAUUACUCCCAAGUCUUUGCCACAUUUGGCACAGAAGGUUACAUCAGGCUGGGCAUAGGCCCACAGGUGGCGUGGAUUGUCUCCUGCGUCAUCCUAGACGUCCUCAAUGUCUACUGGAUGUAUAAGAUUGCAUUUGGAUUUUACCGGGUGGUGACAAAAGCCAAACCUGGAGGCAAGCCGAGAAGGAACCAUGCUGAUUGAGUUCCCAUGAACUCUUUUAUGUUCAACCUGGCAAGAGAGACUCUAUAUUGCAGCCUUCCUGUGGAAGAGACCACUUAAUGUGAUACUUCAAAGUCACCUUACUAGUCC